UGAGUACCAGCUAAGUACAACUUGUUCAUGUUUUGCCAAGUUCAUUCAAUUGUGAUUGUCUACUUUGUCCUUCGCAGUCGAAAAAGACUUUCUAUCAUUUAUAUUUGAAAGAUGAGUGCUGGUGGUACGAGUUCAGGGAUUUUGCAGGGCCGCAGCCCCUAUGACAUUUUGCACGUGAGUCAAGACGCAGAUGACCACGCAUGCCGAUCCGCUUACAGGCGCCUGGCUUUGAAGCAUCACCCCGAUAAGGGUGGCGACGUCGAAAUCUUCAAACGGGUGAAUGCUGCCUACCAAAUCGUGGGUGAUCCGGCGGCCCGCACCCGAUACGACCGCGAAUACUUGAACAAAGUAAGAAGGAACAAGAAAAGAAAUCGCGAAGACGAUGGGAAAGUUUUCUUUUCUUCAGACGAAGAAGAGUCGACAGAUGGCGAGAACGAUGAUGAAGAUGCGGACUAUGACGAAGAUUUUGAUUUAUGAAAGUGGAAUAUUAUUAAUGUCCCAUGAACGUGUUGAUGGAGCAUCGUCUAUUACUAUUUUUAUGAUCUCGAUAAUCAAUCCCAAUGCAAGAAAGGGAAUCACAAUCAGUACUCGGAUAAGUACUGACCUGAGUAUUCAAAACUAAGGAGAAGUAUCUGGUUCUGGUUUAAUUCUUCUUUUUAUACAGAGUUAGUAGUUGCUAGAAACUCUCCUCGUGCUGGAUUUCUAAUUCUCCUCGACGAAGAUUUCGUGGAUGAAGUUAUGACUGCCUACCUCCGUGAGCUCUUUGCAGCAGCUUUUCAUGGCGGAAAAUUGCCGAAGUCGAGGUGGGGAAGCUGGUUUUUCGAUGUGGAGGCAAACGAUGAAUCCCACUUCGCAAACCUAAGGCGAGAAAGGGAAAGACAGCAGGAAGAAAGAAAACAGCAGCAGGCAGAGCUAAAAGCGAAACGGCGCGAAGAAAGGGUAGCAGAAAGAGAAGCGAAGCCAAUGAAGAUUAUGAUGUCACGAUAUGCGCAUGCGCAACAAAAUAUAGAUAUGUAGCUAACGCGUCUUUUAUCAGUUUCGAUGCUUCCUCUCUAUUUCUUGGUAUCAAUGCAUGAGUGCAAAAUAGAUAUAAUUAUAGAAUAAUUUAUAGGAGUGCCAGGUCCGGGAUGGGAUGGAACGGAUGGACUUGCCACCAUUUCAAGUAUUAUCGGAGGACUUAGGCGGGCCCGUCCGAUCCAUCCAAGUCCAUCUUACAUCCGUCCCAGAUAUUGUCCUAAGAUUGUUGGACCACAAGAACGCAGGCCGGUAGGUCGCGCGUAGUCUCUCGGUGAGAAGCGCCGAGCCUGGUGCGGAUUGAGCUCACAGCUUGAGGCUGGUGAGCUCUGGCUGGUUUGAUCCUUGUGGAUAUUCGUAGGGGUUGCGUUGGGAAGUCUCGGCUUCUUCUUUGGGGUAUCAUAAGGGGGAAAGCUUCACGCGCUCACAUCGGGGCCCUUCUGCUAUCAUCGUUGGCGCUGUAUGAUCAUCCUACGCCGAUACUCGUCAGGCUCAGGGCCUGGCUUGGUCUCAAUCUUAAAUGGAUGGAAAUGCAUCAGAUCACGCGAGACCUAUUACGCGAAUGCCUAACCUCACGACAAUCAUCAUGCUGGUCAGAACUGACAAGACAAGACGGCGCGGACCUGGUUACAGCUAUGAACAUUCGACGCGCCUGCUAUCUGAAAACGUUGGGGGCCCUUUGUCUGUUGAUCGUUGACUUUGGAAUCAGACGCGUUUAGGUCUAGAGGUUUCCUGGAGAUCUUCCCGGUGGUGCUUUGUCUUUGACUCACUGCACUGAGAGACUUGAAACAACGAACGAGAGAGAGGAGCAGCCAGAGACACGGACACCCGCGCGACGGUAAACCCGUCGGGCGUUUGGAUGGUGCUCCGGUAACCUUUUCGCCUGGCAGUCUUGGCCAUUUUGGUGAUCUUCGUCCUCUGGAUCUUUGUGGCAUUUCAAGGAUCCCGAUCGUGACCAACAAAGGGAAACGCAUGGCGCAAAUGCAUGCACUUAGCUGCUUUGAUGAUCAUGCUACUCUACUUGUAAAUGUAAUAUUUCUUGGUGGGGUACUAUGGUAGUUUAUACUCGGGUUAAAACAAUUAUGGAGUAACACUAUGCCAAAAGCGAACGUAGAAAAGUGGUUUUUUGGCCAAAGAACGCACAUAAAGCCCAGGGAUCAGCUGGGCAGUUUUCGUCUCAAAAUGGAAGAUUUUCAUUCUGAGGCGAAUAAUGUACAAAAAACGCAAAAAAAACGCUUUUUUGUACCUUAUUCGUCUCAGAAUGAAAAUUUUCCAUUUGAGGCGAAUGCUGCCCAACUGAUCCCGGGGCUGUGUGUGCGCUGCGUUCUUUGGCUAAAAAACCCCUUUUCUAUGUUCGCCUUUGGCAUAGUGUUAAUCCAUAAAAACAAUAUAAUGCGGCAAACUGAUCGUCUUCGAACGGAUUCGGCAUCUGUGUCAUUACAUCAGCAUCAGGAUGACGGUUUUCAUUUUCUUGCGCUUCUAACAAUGACCACGAGAAAACUUUGAAGAAGAACCUCCGAAAGGUCGCGCAGGGCAGGUGCAUGUCCCACGACGAGGUGGAAGACCAGCAGAUGUGCUGGCAGAGCUAUCAAGUAUUACGUGAAAGAAAAGGAUUGCACCCGGACAAGGGGGACCCGCCAAAACCACCCAGUCCGAACAGUGAUGACGAGCGCUCUACCACACCAAAAACUUCGCAGUCUGGCACUCUAGUAGACGACGAGCAAGAAUACAGCGUACGAAUUACAACCACGCAAAAAAUCUCAGACAGCCUACAAGUAACCCGGUGGAUCGAUAACUUGUCCCUUGAGAGGUGCGGGAUCGCUCUGACCGCCUUGGAGACGGCCUGCGCCGAGGCUGCCAAGGCUCAGCAGAAGAAAAAUAAGGGGAAACUGGUGUACUACAAGAACCCGGUUGAGGUCCUGGCGCAGCAAAUGCAAAUCGAAAACGAAUCUAAGAAAAAAAUACCAGUGAAUACCUCAUACCGCGUCGAAAUCCAAGGUCUCAUCUUGAGAACCAAACAAGCCAAGGCAAAAACAUCUUCUCGAAGUGGAACAACAGUUGUAGAUGCUGAAGUAGGUGACGAGGGAGCUGUAGAACAAGUGCCACCUGCUCCGAGAAAUGGCGAGUGGAGUGGGAGUCCCCAGAAUAAAAAAGGAAAGUCCGCUGCUGGAAGCGAGGCAAUGGCAAUCCCAGCCGCCUCGCCUGCCGCCACAUCUUCAUCAUCGAACGCCAGCCCUCGUAUCCAUCUACAACGACCCCAAGCGACAAGCGCAAAAUCAACAACAAGCGACAAGAACAACAACAAUACAAAAAAGUCUAGUAAAACCGCGAACAAAAACUUUGGCAGUUCUGCGGAGGUUUAUCCGCCAAAGCACUCGCCGAGGCUUUCUCCUCCUCGCCCUCUGUUUGAUGAUGUACCAGCCACAGGUCCGACCUUGCUCGACACGUUGGUAAAUGCAGAAGCUGCGUUGGUAAAUGUAGAAAGCAGCUUGCCCACCAGCGUCGCAGAAUACUACGACAAGACAAUGGUGGGAGGCGACACCCCUGGCGACUAUUCAUCAUCUUCACAAUCGUGUUCUUCCAGUUGCACCGAGCAGGAGCGGGGCAUGUUGCAGAGUAACACGAGCGUGGCCGACUCGGACGCGUAUUAUUGGGAUCACCUCUCCAUGGAGUGUCAGGCGAAAAAGGUGCUAAGCGAAAUGGGCAUGUAUGACGAGAACAUGAUGGACCUCAUCAAGCGCAAGUCACCACCGAAGUGGCUUAAAUCAGCGGAUGCGAUGGUGAGCUGGAUUCUCGAGGAGUACGAACAGGACUCUGGAAACCGUGAGAGAAGGUCGAAAGAAGCUGGAAAAGAACCGAGCAAGACGAGCAUGAAUAAGAAAACAGGCGACUACUACGCAGACAGUGCUCCCGCGGCGCGUAACAAGGCGCCUACCUCGCCAACGGGGGUCACCUCGCCCGGGGCAGCAGGGAGUGUUCAACCAAGCAACACGUCUCUCUCUCAACAUAUGCACAAGCCUGGCCAAAGCACUAGCGGUAUUGCAGCUUCCACAUUUCAUAGCCACCCCUUUCAUGCAGGGCUCUCUCCAGAGCAAGAGCGACGUACAAAAGUAUUGCUGGCGGAUGGAGAUCUUUCGACCAUUUCCACCCGUGAGCCGAACGAUGAAUUUCAACAGUCCUCGACAACAUCGAGCACCCGCGCUCUUUUUAGUGACCGUGGGAAAGCUGAAGCUUCGACUCGACGCAAAAUCAACUGGGGCGAUUCUCCCGAGCACGUACUUGGAGGCACAAGCACAAAUCCGCCUCCGAUCGUCCCCGCGAUCGAGUCAACAUCUAUGGCAGCAACUCCUCAGCAGCGUGGUCAAGAUUCCGCAGCAGAGACCGCAAACACGCCUUCAGCGGGUGAAAAAGCCGAGUGCGGGCGAACACGCCAGCGGCACAGAAACAAGGUUCCUGCAAAACCCGAAGCCGAUGGCCUUCACAGUGUGGCGAGCAUGGUGGCUCAACGCGAGAAAGAGGCGGCUGCCAAACAAGACGCAGAACGCGUGGCACGACUACAGGCUCAACAGAGAACUGCGGCGCCGACUCAACUCCCUCCGGCCUGGUCGAGCCCUACGACUGUGAGAAAUGCUACGCAAGAAAAUGAUGAACAGCGAGAUACACCUGCGGCCGAGGCCGCGGAUGAAGAAGGAGGUGGGUGGGCCAGCGUAGUCAAGCGACAACCAAAACCCAAGGCCAAGCCACAAAACAAUUCCGCCCCUGCAAACCAAACACAGCAAACCCGACCAGCCCCAGCGGUGAACACUGUGGAAAGAGUAGGAUAAUAAAAUAAUUAUGAAUAUAUAUGUACAACACUUUGAACAUGGAGAUGGAGUUAAUUGCUAUUAUAAUAUUUUAUAAAUAUGUAAAUCUAGAUUCAAUUUGGUGUCCAAACAUUUUGGUUUUAUCUAGCUCCUCCUUGUUUUUUCAUUAACAGGUGCUCUCUGACGAGAUGGACGAGGACGCGUCGUCAACUUGCCCAGAGAUGCCUCUGAGUCCAAGAGCUAUCACACUCCAGUGGGCGCGUCCCGAUGACAGCAGUUACGAAUUCACCUUGUAUGGACGGGAGGCCGGGCUGAGCCGGUACAAUCUACGGCCCACGUUGUCAUGCCUCGCGACGCGGCAGCGGCUAGUGUCCGUGGAGGAUCCCAGGGAGUGGGAGGUGAGGUACGUGUGUAAGGAUCUGGACUUUGCAGCAAACAAAGGGUUGGAUGACAAGUGCCUCGAAAUCUUGAUUGAAUGGCUGGUAAAGCACGGAAUUGUGGUGGACAAGCUGCAGCUGUGGCGAUGCGACAUCGGCGACCAGGGUGCACUUGCAGUAUUGAACUACGUACGACGAGUGGAACUAGCGAACAGAUCGAGAGCGGAAUCAGAACGCUGCCUCGUGCAGUUAAGGCUCGCAUCGACAAGUGAUUCGUGUCUUUAGUUUCCUCUCAUCCACGGACACAAAUGUUGAUUUAAAAUGUAUAUCAUAUGUUCUCUCACGACCUCCAGGAUGCAGCUUCUCUUCUCAAGUUGCAGGAAAACGAGUACUCAUUUUAACAUAAGAAGAAAAGUCCUUAAGAUUCUAAGGCCUACAAGAAUAUCAUACGCUCUCUUUCUCAUCAACAAAGUGGUGCAGUUAUUCCUAUUAAUCGCACGAGUACUACUACUUGUAACCACAACUUGAACGAGAUUCAUCUUGGUGUAUGGGCUGAGAAUUGACUAGUCUUCUAGUUUCCCAUCGAGGAGCUGCUUCGGCUUCAUCUCAGUAAAGAAGAUAUAUUGCACAGGGCUUCAAGUUUGACAUAAACAUAAUCUCAAUCUAACGGAAAUAAUUCAUCUCUAAUCUUGGAGAUCCAUCUGUCGGACAACCGCAUCACCAAAACCGGAACGAUUCCGAUACUAGAGUACCUGGAGCGCGAAAGUCAAGUAUAUCCCUGGGUGAAGAAGACGCGGAGGGGAUUCGAGCUGUACCCUCUGUGGCUGCGCAUGAACAACAACAAGAUCGCAAUACCACGGGAUUGGAUCCCCAAAAUGCCCGAGUUCGCUGCGAAGGACAAACCUUUCCGUGCUUUCCCACAAAUGGGUGUACCGAACCACCGCAAUUACUUAGUGAAGUUACGACAGCACUUCUUUUGACAUAGGUAGCGCUUUGAAAAUUCCAGAAGUAAGUACAUUAUUUGAUAAUAUAUGAAGUAUACUAUAAGUAGAUAGUCGCAAGGACGAUGAAAUCUUCUCCGAACGAGAUCUAGAAGAUGACUAUGAUCCAUCAAUUUGAAUUUUAUCGUACUCAUUCCUCUGGCAACAUUUUGGGCGAUGACUAUGAUCCAUCAAUUUGAAUUUUAUCGUACUCAUUUCUCUCGCAACAUUUUGGGCCGAUUAUCUCUAAUGAAACAAACAUCCGCGCAACUUGAUGCAACCCAAUCGCAAAACCAGUACAACAAGCUGCGAAAGGAAAAACCGAUUGCGCACCUCCCGAUGUUUCUUAAGCAAUGCAGAAUGUGAAAGCGGGAAAGUAUGGCAGGACCCCGUUCUAGUCCUUCCUGGGGAACGCAACAACUGGUCUGCUUGUAAGUACAUUCAUGAUCAAUGUGGGCACUGUUAAAACUUAUCAUCUUUUUCGCGAAACUGCAACUUCCACUUCAUCUUCACGAACAAGUAACAAACCCUAAUCAUCGUGGAUUUUCAGAGGACUAGUCGUACUUUUAAAAAAGAUCCCACAUUCCGGCAUUAACUCCAAGCCAGUCGCCCAAAUUCUCACCUACCCUGAGGAACCUUGUUUCUCGAAAUGCGUCGAAGAAGAUGAUGGCAAAUAUUAUUUGUUUCUAGGAAGGCGAAAGGUCGGCCUCCAUGCCUGCCUUGUCGUGUCUAGAAGGUGCUGUCCUCAAGACGUUGUGCGAAGAUUAUCCCAGAAGUGAAGUUGAAAUUAUCUUAUCAUAAUCAAGCAACAGGUUUGUGCAUUUAUUUGUGUUGCGAUUGUUGUUGGAUCUACCAAGGUCUUCGAAGGUAACCGCCCAAGGUAGCCAGUAGUUGUUCUUCUUGCCCAAUGUGUAACGCCUGCAGGUACAGGCAAACGCUUCGACACCCAAACUGGAGGAAGGAUAGCAAGUGCAAGGUAAGCGAACCACAGCGAAGAGGAAGAAGGCCGGAGAUAGCACACCACUAGAAUCCAACGCAAUCGAGCACAGCCCCCGCACCCUGGUGCUCUCUCACGAGUAGUGACGCGAGCGCAGUUGGUGAGAGAGCACAAGGGUGCGGGGGCUGUGCUCGAUUCCGUCGGUCCCCAUCUCGAGCUCUGUGGCUCGUCUUUGAAUUGACCGAGUGCGCCCGCGCCGACUGAUUCACAUCAAGCCGCCAAGUCGGGAAGUGGGACACCUUCAAGGUCAAGGCCAUACAGCUUGGCCGCUUCGCGCUGUCUCCGCCAGUUAUAAUAUACUAAUCCCCACCAGACCACUUGGAGCCAUUUGUAAUUAAUUCAACAGCAGCCUGCUCGUUGAUCUCGCAACUUUUUUCGACAUAUUAAUUCUGACUAAACACUUCAGGAGCACCUUAUUUGCACUGGUGACAACGUCGCCCAUCUACAUUUUUACAGAACGACGGGUAUGGGUAGAGCAGUUCUUUCAUGAUCUACGACUUACUUGUACAGCAACUUUCUUAUAUCAACAAGUACGCAGCACCCAACAUGUCCAGCAGCCGCCACGGUAGUAUUGUUCGAAAGAGGACCCUUAUAUCAACGAGUACGCAACACCCAACAUGUCGAGCAACCGCCACGGUAGUAUUGUUCGAAAGAGGACCAUGAUAAACGAUCAUCGACAUGCAGACUAACAUCCUUUGAUGGAGGAGUUGGUUUUGGUUGCUAAAAAAGAAAACAAACAAACAAACAAACAAACAGAGGGCAGUACGCUUCGAGAGCGCGAGCAGG